CCACUCCCCCCGCACCUGCGCCUCCCCUCGCCCCGCCCACCACUCUUCUCCGCCUCCGGCGAGAGGGCGCGACCCACCCCGCGAUGAAGCAGCUGCACCGGCAGUCGAGCAUGAGCAAGCAGCACCGGCCGCACCACCACCGCACCUCACUCUCCCGCACCCUCGCCUCCUACCUCCUCCGGGAGAAGCGCCUCCUCUUCGUCCUCCUCGGCUUCCUCCUCGCCUCUUCCUUCUUCCUCCUCUACCCGUCCCUCACCCAGCAUCGCGCCGCCGGCUCCUCCUCCGCUACCAACAUCGCCGUCGCCGUCGCCCGAAAAAUCCCCCGCGGCGGCGUGCGCCGCCUACCCGUAGGCGUCAGGAAACCCUCCCUGCGCGUCGUCGUCACCGGCGGCGCUGGGUUCGUCGGGAGCCACCUCGUCGACAAGCUCCUCGCCCGUGGGGACAGCGUCAUCGUCGUCGACAACUUCUUCACGGGCCGCAAGGACAACGUCGCGCACCACCUCGGAAACCCGCGAUUCGAGCUCAUCCGCCACGACGUCGUCGAGCCAAUCCUCCUCGAGGUGGACCAGAUCUACCACCUCGCCUGCCCCGCAUCCCCCGUGCACUACAAAUUCAACCCCAUCAAGACCAUCAAGACAAAUGUCAUGGGGACCUUGAACAUGCUUGGACUGGCUAAGAGGGUUGGGGCCCGGUUCUUGCUGACUAGUACCAGUGAGGUGUAUGGUGAUCCACUUGAGCAUCCACAGAAGGAGAGCUACUGGGGCCAUGUAAAUCCCAUAGGUGUUAGGAGCUGUUAUGACGAGGGGAAGAGAACAGCAGAAACUCUUACCAUGGAUUAUCAUCGUGGUGCUGGUGUGGAGGUGAGGAUUGCUCGCAUAUUCAACACAUAUGGCCCUCGUAUGUGUUUAGAUGAUGGUCGAGUUGUUAGCAACUUUGUUGCACAGGCUCUGCGGAAACAACCAAUGACAGUAUAUGGUGAUGGAAUACAGACUCGGAGCUUUCAAUAUGUUUCAGAUUUGGUUGAUGGGUUGGUAACUCUGAUGGAAAGUGACCAUAUUGGACCUUUCAACUUGGGAAAUCCUGGAGAAUUUACAAUGCUGGAGCUUGCACAGGUGGUAAAAGAAACAAUCGACCCUGGCGCAUCUGUCGAGUUCAAACCCAACACUGCAGAUGAUCCACAAAUGAGAAAACCUGACAUCUCUAAGGCCAAAGCUCUUCUCAAUUGGGAGCCCAAAAUCUCGCUGAAACAAGGCCUGCCGCGUAUGGUCUCGGACUUCCAGAAACGUAUAAUGGAUGAGAAAUGAGGAGCAGGGGCUACCGAACUCAGAAUACUGUAUCAUACUGACGGAUCCGGUGCCUCAACAAAGCUCAGAUGAAGGAUCACUUGCCUAUAUUUUCUUCCUCCAGGGCAAUUUCUUUUUUGUGAUAGGACAUCUGUUCUUUUGUUUCGGUAUCGUUGAUACAUAAACUUUGCCAUAGAAUUACAUGUUCGAGUUGUUAUCAAAACUGUAGCCUUUCAGUGAACAGUUUAGUAUCUACAUAACCAGUCUUUUUUCUGUUUUA